UUUGCCCAACAACAAGGAGAGCUGGUGACUCGGACGGUGGUUGUCUCCAUCUAACUUUGUCAUCGUUUCAAUGGAGCAAGAUCUCUCCACCGUCUUGAACGACACGACCGACGGCGACGGUGCCAUGGCCGACAGCCACUACGACACUCGGGAGGACAGGGAUUCUCGCGAUGUGCGCGAGAGAGAUAGAGACUCGCGUGAUGUACGAGAGAGGGACUCGGGUGCUGGUAGUUCACGCAACGGUUACCUGUCUCCCAAAAAGGAGGGUGGAUCUGGACCUGAUGCAGCGCCUGCUCCUCCCGCAGAGCAUUAUGGCCGAUCUCGGUCUCCUGGUCGUGAAAGAUAUGGAUCAUCUCGUCGAACUCCCUACGACCGGCCCGGUGGUGACAGUCAUGGUGGAGGCUCUUCAAAGUAUUCCGCUGGACGACGUGAUCCAAACCGUCCUCCGUCAAAGAAAGAAUGCAGGGUCUAUGUUGGAAACUUGGCAUAUGAAGUGGGAUGGCAAGAUUUGAAAGACUUUAUGCGCAAAGCUGGCGAAGUUGUGUUUGCCGAUAUCCUCACCGGCCCUGGUGGACGCUCAAAGGGUUGCGGUGUGGUUGAAUAUGCGGCUAUUGAGGAAGCUCAAAAGGCAAUUAAGGAGCUAAAUGACACUCCUCUAAUGGGGCGUCCAGUCUUUAUUCGAGAGGAUCGGGAGCAGGAGGCGAAAUUUGGCUCCCUUGGUCCUACAAAAAGGAUGGAUACUGCGGGCCGCCAAAUUUUUGUAAAUAAUCUGCCAUACAUUGUUGCUUGGCAAGAUUUGAAAGAUCUUUUCCGUCAAGCUGGUAGCGUUCUGAGAGCUGAUGUAAUGGAAGGACCGGACCGGCGAUCGAGAGGAAUGGGUGUUGUCCUGUUCGAAACUGCUGAGGAAGCGCAUCAUGCGAUAUCUACUUUCGACGGGUACGAAUGGCAUGGGAGACGGUUGGAAGUGCGUGAGGAUCGACAUGGUGGGGCGCCGAUGGGGCGAGGUCCUCCGCCGUCGUACGGUGGCCCGCGGGGCUAUGACAGACCUUCACCGCGGGGAUAUGAUUCUAGGGACUAUUACGGUGGCGGUUACGAUAGUUAUGGUCCGCGAGACUACUAUGGCGGUGGUUACGAUGGCUAUGGCGGCGGCUAUGGUGGCUACGGUGGAUACUACGACCGAGGCUACGGAGGAGGUCCAGAUUAUGGCCCGGGCGGUUCAGCACCGCCCCACCGGAACGACUAUUACAAAGACUACCCUCCCCCACCCCCACCUCCUGGGACAGGCGCAUAUGCACCAGAAGGACGCUCCUAUGGCGAACGCCCUUACGGUGGAGAUGGACGUGGUUAUGGUGAUCGCUCUGGGUACCAUGACCCUUCUCGUAGCGGUGGCUACGGUGAUUACCAUCGCUGAACUCGCUGGUUGCAACGCUUGUACUAAUCUUUUGAUGUGGAGUUGAAUGCUGCUGAGUUUGGGCCCAUUAUUUGGCUAAAUGUGGGGAUGGCGAACAACCAAAAUGCAUAGCAAUAACUGCGUAUAUUCCGCUGUCUAAGUGUAUGUUUGUUUGAUAUCUGUUGGUGCGACUUCUGUGUACUUGUUCCUUGAUCUUUUGCAAAAUACACACGUUCGUUCAAAUCUCAA